AUGCAUCUUGUUUUCCCCGCAAUUUCACCGUUUCUGGAGCUUGUUCAACAUGCGCAACAAAUUCCUGAUAAGAUCAUAGUUCGGGAUCACUACUCGGGCAGAACAGCUACCGCUGGACAACUACUGCAAAGUGUUUCUUUUCUUCGCGAGAAAUUGCAAGGAAUACUACCACAAAAUGGAACCUGUAACGGCAAUCAUGCCAAUCAGGGCAAAUUCUACUACCUGAUAGCUCCUCCAGGACUAGAAUAUGUGGUGUCCAUGCUCACUAUCUUCUCUAUUGGCGGCGUCAUGUCAGCUCAGUCUAUUGUUAUCAAGCCAGAGGACGUAGUGCGCCUGUUCAAGCUCGCAAGACCGCAGGCACUACUGUAUGCAUCAUCUCUCAAUGAGAAAGUUGAAGCAAUUAAGGCCCUCCGUGCAGAACAAGACAAUGGCGCCAUUUCUAAUAUCUCUUUCCUGGGGGUGCAAAUCCCAUCUCUUGAUGAUCCGACAUCUCAUACAUACGAAACGAGACCAAUGUCCGAGAACAUAUCCUCACAGAAUGGUACAUUGUUCUUCACUUCCGGUACUUCGGGAAAGCAAAAGGGCGUUCUUCACUCCUACCCAGCUCUUCUAGCAUCUGCACGAGAGCGCAUAGGAACCUGGAAGAUGACGAAAGACGACGUAUUCCUCAACCAAAAGCCGGGAAAUUGGAUGGGGGGCAUUUUUGGCAUUAUCCCAAGUUUAAUGUCCGCAGCUUGCUUGGAAACCUGUGCGGGGGUCUUCGAGCCGAAAUGGUUUUGGGAACGCAUUAGAGAAGGCGGUGUCAGUGUAUUCGACGUUGCGCCCACUGGCUAUGACAGACUCGCGAAAUACUAUGAUGAGCAUAUUUCUGUGCUCCCUACCGCCGAAGUGGAGGCGUAUAUUCAAGGGAUGAUUGAUGUGAGAGUUGCAGGUGUUUCUGGAUCACUUCUUUCUCCGCAUACACAGAAGAGGUGGACAGAACUCCGCCGAGGCAAACCACUAUUGAAUCUGUACGGAUCAACUGAGAUGACUCUGAUAUGUAGCAUGAGAUGGGAAAAUCCUGAUUAUGCCGACAUGUGCUCAAUUGGACCACCCGUAUCCGGAGUCGAGGUAAAGCUCGUGGAUGGGGAAAUGCGACUGAAGGCGCCUACGAUGUUCACACGUUACAUUUCGGACGACCCAACUCUGACCGACAAGGCAUUCGACGAAGAGGGCUUCUUCAAGAGCGGUGAUUGCGCCGAAUUGGUUGGAAACAGUUAUGUACUCCAUGGCCGCGCAAAUAUUGAUGUGUUACAUUUCUGGGGUUUCACCAUAUACACGGGCGAAGUCGAAACUGCCAUUCUAUCUCUGCCCUAUAUCGCCAACGCUGUUGUCUUACCUCUACCUGAUAAAGGGGGUAAGGAGCGCACUGCUGCCAUCCUGCAAAGCAAGCCAGAAUACCAAUCAAAGCAACCAAACUUGGAUACUCUCCGGAAGGAUCUGGAGAAAAACACAGGUCUUAUGCUGUUCAAGAUACCGACGGUCAUCUACUGGCUUCGAGCUGGUGAAGAAAUUUCCUUGACGGUGAACGGGAAGAUUUCCAAGAUAGAUGCACGCAAGAAAUUCUUUGGCGACAAUUGGCAGGGCAAGGAUGGAGUGGAGGUUACGGACUUGUCGACUAUGGAAUACUGGCGCAUGGGUGGGCAGUGCUAA